AGUUCACCAAUUUUCCUCUCUCCAACUCUUCACCCACCCUCUUCCCUUACACUUCCGGUCUUGUUUUGUGUGGAAUUAAAGUGCGACUUUGAGGUUAUCGUGAUCCGAGUCGCCUCCAUAUCCACUGAACACCAAUGACUGAGUCACGAGAGCAAGGACCAUUGGUGUCCUCGCUUUGGACCAGGUCUCUGAUUGCCGGCGCCGUUGCCGGUCUUACGGUUGAUUGCUCCCUUUACCCCCUCGACACCAUCAAGACUCGUCUCCAGAAAGCUAGGCACCACGGCCCAUCCGUCUCUACUCCGAGCGUCUCACCCAGACAGACUAUCCGUGGCAUAUACGCCGGUCUCCCAUCUGUUCUCCUCGGCUCAGCCCCCUCGGCCGCAUCCUUCUUCAUCGUCUACGAUGGCGUCAAGCGCUCCCUAUCAACGAACCUCGAGUCACAGUCCCGCAGCCAUACAAUCCUCGCACAGUCGCUUGCGUCGUCGAUGGGCGAGAUUGCAGCAUGCGCAAUCAGAGUGCCAACGGAGGUUGUCAAACAAAGAGCACAGGCUGGCCUUUUCGGCGGCUCGAGUCUGCUUGCCCUAAAGGAUAUCUUAGCCCUGCGGCAUCCAGACCCGACGAGAGGCGCAAGGGGUGGCUAUGGACAGGUUGUACGGGAACUGUACCGAGGCGCGGGGAUUACAAUUGCGCGUGAGAUUCCAUUCGCGGUCCUGCAGUUUAGCAUGUGGGAGACGAUGAAGGAAACAUAUGCUAGACGGAGGCAGUUGGAAGGGCCGGUGCCGGCGUCCACGAGCGCAAUCUUUGGAAGCAUUGCCGGUGCGAUCUCGGCUGGGUUGACGACGCCGCUGGAUGUUAUCAAAACGCGGGUUAUGCUGGCGCGGCGGGGCGAUGGUGCGGAGGGCAAAGCCGGGGUUCGACUUAGGGAAGUCGUGCAGGGAAUCUCUGCGGAAGGCUUUGGCGCGUUCUUCAGGGGUAUCCAGCCCCGCGUUGCGUGGAUCGGUAUUGGAGGUGCAGUGUUCUUGGGGAGUUACCAGUUCGCCUGGAAUACUAUGGAGCGGAGGUCGAAGGAGGAGUAAAACGUUGAAACGCGAUGUAUAAUAGUUAUGUAUAUAUACUGUUAGAGGAUAG